AUGGGCAUACCAUGUGCAUUAAGGAGAGAUGCAUGGUUAAUGGCCUCAAAUGGUAAGCAAUUAAUUGAAGAAGCUGGAGAUGUUUAUGGUAACUCAUUAGCUUUCGCUAAACGCCAACUAAAAGAUCAUAUCACAUGCGAGCAUUCGCUCGAAGAGCUUUUCGGUGUUUCUCCUUAUAUCAUUAAGUUUUUACCAGAAAAAAUGAAGCCAUUGGUUAAAGAUUUUCUUACUGCUCUUUGGGCAACCAACAAAGGUAUCGAGUACUCACCAUUACUGCCUGCAACAGCCGUAAUUUUACUUUUAUUUAUGGAGCCUCCAGCUGCUUAUGCUUCUUUGCAGGCAAUGAUAAACCGAUCGCAAGAAGACUGUUGGUAUUUCACAAUGGACAGAAAGAAUUACCAUAAGAAUGUCAUUGCAAUUGAAAAAUCAAUCAUCAAAAAAGCUCCUGACGUCGCAAAAAAGGCAAAUGAACUCGGAGUUAAUAUCGCAUUCCUUACAUUAGGUUUAAUUCCAGCCUUCUUUUUGCCAUUCAGCCCUCUUCCAGUUGCUUUAACAUUUUUCGAUAGUUUCAUUGUCGAAGGCAGGAAAGUCCUCAUCAGAUUCAUUACUACAAUCUUCAAGCAUAAUUCUGUUGCGCUUCUUAAGUGUAAAACUUCAAAAGAAUUUGCAACAAUUUUAUUGACAGAUAUGGAUGGUUUUACGAAUCCAAACCAUCUCCGUAACUUCCUUGGAGAAUGUUUCAAGAUCUACAUGUCACGUAGAAAGCAUCCAUUCGAUCUUCACAAAAUUCCUUCAUCUGAUGUGAAGAAGAUUGCCGAAAUGAACUCGAACGCAAUGAUGAUGGCACAUGUUCUCAGAGAUCAUAUGCCAGAAGACUACAAUCCGCUUGAUUUUCCAAGAAAAGACAAUUUAACAGUUAUUACCGAAUUAACAAGCACAAUUACUCCUGAAGAGAUCAGAAAAUACCAAACUGAUGUUCAGAAGAAGUUGGUCGACAUACAAGAAGUUCAUGGCGGCAAAUUAUUAGAUAAUAAUAAUUAUUACAAGCUUAAAGAGUUUAUUCCAUUGAUUUACUUGAGGAAGAGUCCCGCCUUGAUUUAUUCCUUGUCUAAAGAUGGAACAAUGCUUUCCACACUCAUUGAAAAAACAAGAAGAAAAGGAGCUCACAUUUUGAUGAUAAAAACAGAGAAAUCAAUCAUUGGAGCUUUCCUUUCUGACCAGAUCGAGAAUACUUCAGGAAGAUUCUAUGGAAAUGCUUCGACAUUCGUCUUCCAUAUUGGCGACACAAUGAAUUGCUACAAACACUCACAUCCGCCAAACAAAAACUACAUUUCUGUUGAUGACGACACAAUGAUUUUGGGUGGACCAAAUCCAGCAAUCAUUGUAAGCGAUGGUUUCGAGAAUGUUCGAUCUUGUGAGUGUGAUACGUUUGGAUCGCCACAACUCACGAUCGAUGCAUCAGAAAAAAUCCUUGAUAUUGAACUUUACAUAUUUGAACAGUAA